AUGCCAUGGGCGCCUCCAGAGUGGUGCGCUGAGCCGGGCGCCAGCGCCCCCCGCGCGAGCGUCACCGUCCGGGACGCGCGGAACGGCUUCAAGGAGCACGACAUCUCCAGGGCGGCGUUCUUCGUCCUGUGCAGGGGUCAGCAGGACUCCGGCGGCGCAGACCAGCAGGCGUCCUCCUGGCACGCGGCGGUCCUCCGCAACGAGAGCGGGGAGUGCUUCGUGAUGGACCUGAGCAGCGCGGCCGGCACGUUCCUCGAUGGCCAGCGGCUUCUACCCGGCAAGGCGCACAGGUGGCUGCACGGCACCCCCGUGGUUUUAGGCGCCCCACCAUUGGAGGAGCGCGUGACGCUGCGCCUCGCAGCUCCUGUGCCUCCGGCGUCCGCCAGCAGGCAGGCGAAGCGUGCCGCCAGGGACGUGUCCGAGGGCCAGUGCGAGGCGAAGCGCAGAUGCCUAGACCCGCCCGACGACGGCGCGUCGAAGCAACAGCGCCGAGGCGUCGCAGGCACCGCCCGCCCGCCGCAGCAGGUCGCCCCUUGCAAGGGAGGCGCUGGCGCGCCGCCGACAUGCGUGCACAAGUGCCCGCCGCAGCAGGUUGCCCCUUGCAAGUGCGACAAAUGCGACGGGCCGCACGCCACCGCCGCCUGCCCGCACUUCAAGAAAGGGCGCGAGGAGCACAAGGACGCGUGGGCCAAUUACGGGCGCAAGCACCAGUUACCGAUGGCCACCGCGGGUAGCAGGCUGAUAGUCAAGAGCGGCCGCGUUUGGCGCCAGCCUGGUGACGGUAGCUGCCUCUUCCACUCGCUGUGUUUCGGCCUCAACAGUGGUGGCCAGCAGGGACGGCUGCGUGCUAUGCAGCUACGACGUGAACUGGCCGAGUACCUUCAGCGGCACCCAAAGGCAGAGAUCUCUGGGAACACGCUGGAGGAGUGGGUCAAGUGGGACGCCAACUCCACCGUCCAGGGCUACGGCCGCCGGAUGGCGACGGGUAGCGGCUGGGGCGGGGGCAUCGAAAUGGCGGUCUGUUCUUUGCUGAAGAAAGUAAACGUGCAUGUGUACGAGCGCCGGAGGAGCGGCUCGUUCGAGCGUAUCUCUUGCUUUGACUGCCCGGAGCCUACCAAGAGAACCAUCAAUGUGAUCUAUCAGGGCGGCGUGCACUACGACGCCUUCGCGCCAAGCAAGUGA